UGAUGGGUAUGGAGCGUUCAGACGGUUCAGUCAGUGGAGAGCAGCGAGUCGGUCAAGUUGUGUUCAUAAGCGAGUGAGUGUUAUUGGAUUUGGAACCAUUGUGAUCGCCUUGGGAUCUUUUGUGUCAGAUCCAGAAUGGAGGCAAUAAUGUCAGAGGGCGCUACAAAAGAAAAUAUAAUGCAACCAACGACACUUCAAGAGGCAAUAAACAUUAUUAAAUUCCUGAACACGACACAUAAACAAGAAGUUGUAAGGCUGAAGGAAGCAUAUACGAAACAAGCUGAAGUUAUAAAGAAAUUGGAAUCGAACAGGAAAAAGGAAUUGGAAUUCCUAUCGGGUGAAUUGCAAAAAUACGAAGUAAAUUUGGCUUUAAGGACAGAAGCGGUCUCGAAACAACUCGCGCAGAAGGAUAUUGUUAUACAGAAACAAGCAGAAAAAAUUGAAGAAAUGAGCAAACAAUUGAAACUGCACGAAUUAAAUGCUAGCGUACCAGAAAUAAACAUAAUGGUCGAUUCCAAUUCUGAUUCUGGCGUUGCGUUGGAACAUGAAGACAGUAAAACUGAGGAAACGAAGCCAGAGGUUAAAACUACAAGAAAAUGCAGCAGAAGGUUCGGAGAUACAAUAAGUUUUCUUCGUAGGGUGGACUUUUCUCCCAUUAAAUACAAACCAUCAAAUAGGGAGGGUGCUAAAAAGAAGGAUGAUAAGAAGAACAAACUACAAGUACCUUCUACGGAUAAAAGGGUAUUCGAUCGCCAGAUAAGUAAUGACAAAUCUCCGAGUGAUGACGAAAGACAUGUCACUGAUGAUUCCAUUUUCUCAGACAGUGGUAUUGAGCCUCUAGUCAUCAGACCGAAUAAAGUUAAUGAUAGUAUGAAUAACCACUUCUCUGACGAUGGAAGCGAGGACACCAGUGAAGAAAUCUUCGACAGAGUCAUGACCAGAAGCAGCAUCCGGCGAUCCGUAAAAGCAAACCCGAAAUACAAGAAAAUAAAUAGAAGUAAAUCGAAACUUUUAGAACAGGUCAAAGUUAAUAUAGUAGAUUGAGAAUUUGAAUUUAUACAAUUUUUAUAUUAUAGAACAUGUGCAAUCCCGAUGUAACCGUAUGAAAUUAUUAAAGUCUGUUUUAUCUAA